AUGCGAGCAUUGUCUGUGAAGAAUAAAUUGGGAUUUAUUAACGGAGACUGUAAAAGACCAGAUCUAGAUUCUCCAAACUUUCGCUUAUGGGAGAGGUGUGAUGACAUGGUCACAUCAUGGAUCUUAAACUCUUUGACUAAAGAGAUUGCAGACAGUGUUGAAUACGUAGCUAAUGCAUUUGAAUUGUGGAGAGAACUUGAGGAUCGAUAUGAUCAAACAAAUGGAACAAAGUUGUAUCAAAUUCAGAAGGAGAUCAAUGAUCUGUCUCAAGGAUCACUUGAUAUUACCAGUUACUAUACGAAAAUGAAGAAAUUAUGGGAGGAGCUCAAUACUUUGAUUACUAAAUCUCAUUGUGCCUGCAACUGUUCGUGUGGGGCUAAGGAAAGUAUGCAUAAAGCAGAGCAGGAUAGGAGGCUCAUACAAUUCCUUAUGGGAUUAAAUGAGACAUAUACUGUUGUUCGAGGGAGCAUAUUGAUGAUGAAUCCUCUUCCCUCAAUUGCUCAAGCCUUUUCUCUGUUAAUCCAAGAAGAAAGACAGAGGGAAAUCAAGCCCACUGGCCAUCUGGUACUGGAAUCAUCAGCUUUGAAUGCCAAAGCAACCAGACCUAACACAUACAGGACAAGUUACUCUCCUAGCAACAAUCACAACAACAGAAAUAGACGUUUUUGUGACUACUGCAAGAGGCCAGGCCACACUAAAGAGAAAUGCUACAAGCUUCAUGGAUAUCCACAGAAUUUUGGACAGAAUUCUAGUCACUAUCAAAAUCCAAACACAGGACAGAACAGUUUCAGUCAAAACACAAGGCAAGGUUCCAACAGCAAUGGUGCCAACAGAUUCAACAGAGGCAACAAAUUCAACAGGACCCUAGCCAAUGCACAUGUGGCAGCCACUGAUUCUCAACCUGCAGAGAAUGAUAGUCAGAAUAGAUAUGUUAGUCAUGACAAUCCUCAGAAUGUGAGCCUUACCAAGGAAGAGUACAAUCAGUUGGUGACCCUGCUACAACAAUUUCAGUCAUCUGGGAUAGGAGAUCAUGGAGGUGGUACCAAUGCUACUUCAGGAACAGCAAACUUUGCAGGUAUGGUAGCUUGUACCUCCUCAAUUGAUUUUGGCAAACUUUCAUGUGAAUGUUUCAAGAACAAAGCUGACUCAUGGAUUAUAGAUUCAGGGGCAUCAAAUAACAUGACCUUCAACAGAUCCCUAUUAACCAAUAUAAUCAACCUACCUUAUCCCUUAUUGGUCAUACUUCCAAAUGGCUAUAAAGUAAAGGUGACAGAAAUAGGCAGUGUAAUUCUCAAUUCUAAGAUCACUCUAGAUAAAGUGAUGUAUGUUCCAACUUUCAGAUACAAUCUAAUUUCUGUCCACUCUUUAACUUCUCAUUUAAGCUGUAUUGUUGCCUUCUUCAAUCUCUGUUGUGUGUUGCAGGCCCCUUCAAUGAAGAGGCCUCUGGUGAUUGGUAAAGUGAAUGAUGGGCUAUACAUCCUAUGCCCAAGUUGCUUAAAGAAAAACAAUGCAAGUCUUGCAGAAAAGGAUAAUUCUAGACUUCCUGUCAUUUCUACUUGUUGCACUUGUGACACACAUUGUCCAACUCAUUCCACUGUAAAUGUACCAGUCCACACCAAUAAGUGUGUCUCUUUUCCCUCUCUCAUUGUAAAUAAUUCAUGUGCAAGUGCUAGUAAACAUGUUCAUUUUGAGGAUGUAUUUUCUAAAUUGCCUGAUUUCUUCCCUCAAUCUUGGACUGAAAAUAAUGUAAAUGUGUUGUGGCAUAACAGGCUUGGACAUGUUCCCUUUGUGAAGAUGAAAAGGAUUACUUCCAUUCCUGCUAAUUUCUCUCCUAAACAACCCUUUACCUGUACCAUUUGCCCAAUGGCUAGACAAGAAAGAUUACCUUUUCCUUAG